AAAAGUCUCUCAAUACCGUCAGUCCUUCGACAACUCUCGAAAAACUCGCAUGUUAAUUCAUUUUCAUGGAGUGAAAAUUUCUUGAAAUCUUCACGAGUUAAAUUUUUAGUUUCAUUUUACUUCGCCCUUCAAUCUUUCAUCAUUCGAAUUUAAAUCAAGCAGGAUAGAAAUUACAAGAACUACCUAAAUAUCUAAGAUCAUCAUUUAAUUUUAGUGCCUAAAAAAUUCACGAUUGGAUGGAAAGUUAUACAUUUUGUGAGAUAAAAUAUCACCGAAUUUUAAAAACACAUCAAUAAAAGAAUCGAAUGAAUUAAUAUAUUUCUCAGUAACAGAGUGAAAUAUAAUUAAAAAAAGUUUUUUUUUCUGUAAAAAGGAGAAGACGAGAAGAGGUCGAUAAUAAAAAAAACUUUUUUUCCCAAUUCUCAUUAGUUUUGUGAGAAGAGUGAAACAGAGAGUGACUUUAGCACGUGUUUUUCUAGCCGUAGAUUACGUAAAACCCUCACAAACACUUUCGCAAAACUCAAAAGCCGUCGUAUUUACUCACUACAAACAAAAAAGGAGAAAGAAAAAAAACAAAAUAUAACAUUUGAAACGUAUGGAAAAUGUAUAAGUCGUCCUGAAAUCACCAUUCUGUCGGCAUUUCGAAACAAUUUGUGAGUCUGCGCGCUUCAAGUGGUAAUUAGCAAGAAAGAAGAAAAAAAACUUCCUGGAACGUACCAUCAGCCGCUCUUCCAUCAUGGGGAAAAGUAAGAAAACCCGGUGGAGAACGUUUGAGAUUAGUGAAUCGCAAGACGAGACACAAACAAAUGGCAACGAUGUAAAAAUCAACGGAUCGGAGUCCGAUUCAAUUUCAUCAGGAACAUCACAGAAAUAUUCACAAAUACUUGGUGAUCAUCAUACGAAUAGUGCCACACAUCAAUCGAACAGAAACUCAUCGUCGCAAAACAUUUACAAGCCACGAGGUUACAACAAUAAAGAGAAUUUUUAUAAUCAGCGAUCUGGCGGUGGUCGUUCAGCCGUUCAUCGAAGUUGGCAACGUGGUGGUAACUACCGAAACUCAAGCACAAACGAAAGAGAUAGAAAGCCGGACGAACAUGAUUCAAACGGCAUAAAUGAUGUUAAAGUCAAUUCAUCGUCCGAACCAAUUAAGUUUAACGAAGAUGAAUACACUCGCAUAACGACACCACGCCAAGACGUUCUCUUUAAGAAAGGUUACCUUUCACGCAUGAACAAUAAUAAGACUGCAAGCAACUUAUCAGCGACUGUAAAUUCAACGGAAUCGACAGCUGCCAGUAGCACCAUAACAACAAGUGAUCCAGAUUCAUCUGUAAGUACAUUGUCGCCGGCGACGACACCUUCAAUGGAUUAUGGAAAUAUGGAUCCAAUGGAAUACGCUCCAAUGUAUUAUUCAGGAUAUUACGAUGAGAAUGGAUUGCUAGUGAUUCCAAUGUACAAUGGAUACAAUUACUAUCCCCAAAAUGGUUCAACAGCAACGUCGCCUGUUUUUCUCAUGUCUUAUCCUUAUCAAUACGAUCCAUUCUUUAUGACACCAAGUGGAAUGCAUCCAGUGAAUGGUGACGAUGAAGAUGAUGUUGAAAAAACUGAAUCCGAUGGUGCGAAGGAAAAUAAUCAUGAAGAGAAUCAGAAUGGUGCUCGAACAUCAAGCUCAUCCGAAGAUGGUGCAAGUAGCAAUCAUGAUGGUGAAACUAAGGAUGAGAAGAUUGAUGUUGGUGAGAAGAUUGUGACUACAUGUGAUGAUGAAUUGAAGGAAACAAAUAAUUCAGAUGGCAAGCAGCAUUUUCCUAUUUAUCCAAAUGAACUUAAUGGCUUCAUUUAUCCAACUUAUCCGAAUGGAUAUUACAAUAAUUUUUACUAUUACAAUGGCGCUCCCGUUAACCGUCCCCCUAAAAUGCGUCGUCGAAAGCGCUUCCUAAAUUCUCGAAAUCCUCAUCAUCAGCAACAUCCACGCUCAAAUGAAACGACCACCGACUAUUCGGAUGAUGACAACAACAUGCCUCAAAACAAGAAAUAUUAUCCACGCUAUCAUAAUGGAUGGAGUUAUCAUAAUGGAUUUAAUAAUCAUCAUAAUGGAAAGUUUCAAAGAUUUCACUAUGACCAAAAUGCUAAUCAAACUCCACAAGAGUAUCAUUUAAAUGUCGAUGUUCAGGAAUUUUAUCCACGUUUUCAAUUAGCUAAUAAAGAGUCAGAGUCGGAGAACUCAAAAGUCAAUUGUGGUGAUGAACCAACAGCAGUUGAAAGCGAACAAAAGGAGAAGACAGCAAUAUCAACAACAAAACCGCCCAAAGCAGAUACUCCAAAUGUUGUAAUAAAAUCUAGUCAUCUGAUGAAAUCAUCUGCAGGACGUACAAGUAAGAAAGAAAUUAUCGAAGGUAUUAAAUCGAUGGAAGAACAAAAUAUUGAUUUGAUGGCAUCGAAGCAUCAAAAAUCAUUCAACAAUGCAAAUAAGAAAGAUGAAUGGAAUGUCAUCAAGAAAGGAAAGAAAGUUAAAGUUGCUAAAGACAUUCAAAAUGAAUUUUCAUCGUCUGAUGUUGUACAACAUGAAGACGAUGUUAAUGAUAAAAAAGACAAAAUUGAAGAGACUAAGAUUGAUACAAUCAUAACAAAGACAGUGACAUCGAGUGCUGUUGUUGAGCCAACGAAGAAAACAUCAACAGCGCCAGCAAAGUCAAAGAAAUCGAAGAACAAGAACAAGAAAAAGAAAUCGCACAUGUCCUUGAAGCAAGAUGGGUUUGAAAUAAUUGAACCUGAAUUUAAAAGUUCAACAGUUGAGGUGAUUGUUGAUAAAACGCCAGAAUUGAGUGAUGAAGAAGAAACUGCUGUUGAAUCAGUUGAAGAGGUCACUGAUAACGUGGUGCUAAAUAAUUUGGAAAUAAAUCAAGAAAUCGUUGUGGUUGUCGAUGAAACGAAAGAAACAGAAAACAAUGAGAAUGAAGAGGUUGCUGAUGAAGUGGAAGUGGAGAAGUUUGAAGUUCAGGAGCAUGAAAAAAUUGAUAAUUCAUCGAAUGAUCUCGAAAAAGAAGUUGAGAAAGUUAAAGACGACGAUGAUGUUGUGAUUGAUAUCCGAGAUGAAGACAUUUGUUGUAGAAUGGAAAGUGUGAAGGAAUUAUCAACAGCAGCAACUAAGAAAGUUGAUGAAGUUGUUGAUGUCUCGAAGUCAAUUGUCGAAGUAGAAAGAAAAACAAAUUCAGAUUUGUUUCUCGAUUCGCAAUAUUUUAACGAUCGUUCAAACAUUGUCGAUCUCGAACGCGAUCUUAUGGAAAAUUUGAGAUUAUUGGACGAUGAAAUUGACAUUAAGAGUCCAAUCAUCAAUCCACUCUAUGAUUUUCCAAUAACAAGUGCUGUUCAGAAAUGGCUGCAAGCGAAGCAACACGAAUCUUUUGAAAAUCUAUUUCAUGUUCAAAACUUGAAAAAGCUUUGUGAACUUCUUGGAAACGAUGAAGAAGAGGAUGAAACAGCGUCUGAUAUCAGUGAGAAGGAAGCUAAAAGUGAAAGUGAUUCAGAUUAUGCGAGUGAUUUUCAUGCAAAAACAAAUGGAAACUCGCCGACAUGCUCAACUCAUGCCAAAGGAUCGUCAACGAAAUGCAACAAAUUAAUCGCAAAAGAAUCGUUUUGUGCACUGAUGUAGUGAUUUAGCUUCAUGAUGCUUCAUCACUAAUAAACUUAAACUCCUCAUCAUCUUCAUUUGUUUUCUUUCGUCUUCUCUUGAAAAUUUCUUUUGGAAGCCGACGAAUGCCGUUAAUUGAUAAAAAUAAUUUUGAUUGUAUGGAAAGAUUAAUUUAUAAAAAAAAGAAUUUUGUGGUUGUUAUUUGGAUUGAAAAGUGAAAUUAAAUGUGCUUUGGAUUAACGUCAGCUUCCAUUAUGAAUUAAUUAAUUAUCUACCUGCAAAAAGUAAUAAUUAUUAUUAUAACACAACUUAAUAUUAGAUAAUCUACUCACAUACUUCACAUCAAGAACACAACGCAACAUAUAACAUUGCAUUACAUAAAAUAUGCCUCUUAGGAUAAAACUGCUAAGAGUUAUUUAAUCAAGCGUAGAAUUUUACAUUUUUUGAAAUAAUCUCCGUAUGAAAUGGAGAAGAAAACUAAAUACAAGCCCACCCACAACAACAAAAAACGAACACACACACACACACACAUGCAUCAUUUUCUUACGCAAACUAAACCGCCUGGGAUCGCUUCAGCGUUCACGUAAAACCUACUUAAACUUUAAAGGAAUAUUAUGAAAAAUUAUAAAAGCAAUUCAACAAAGCCUGUAGAAAAGAAAUUUGAAAUUUUCUUCUCUCAAUUUUUGGUUUAUUUUUAAUAUUUUUUUCUUUUUCUUCUUUCUCGCUGAAGAUCAUAAGAUGAAUAUGAAAUUAAUAAUGAUUAGACUUAGAGAAUGCUUUUUAUUUUUUUUUUUCCUUUUGCCUUAAGUAAGAAGCCUUGAGUUUGGAGAUAAAUUUUCAUUUUGUUUUUCUGUUUUGAUAAAUUCAUUCGUUAUAAUAAAUUUUAGGCGUGAAAAGUGAAUAUUAGGAAUUAUACUUGAAGAAAAUUAUUGAUAAUAAAACUUAAAAACAAAAAAGAUUUAAACAUGAAAAUGCAACAAAUUAAUUGUUAAAGACAUGCAAGAAAACAUUAUAAAAAAUUAUUGAAUAAAGAAACAAAAUAUUGAUAAGAAAGCGUUAAAGUAAAGGA